CUCAGUCUGAGUCUGGCAGUUACAAGCUAAGACAUGUUUUCCCAUCUUCGCAAGCGUUUUGGGAGGGGGAACGUCGAUUGUGGAGAGACAAGAGUGAAGGAGUCUAGCCUUUCGUCUCAAAGUAAUGAUGGACAAAGACAGCACUUCUGGGGAAUGUGGAAUGCUGGGAGAGAAUCAUCAUUCCCUGGAACUUCCCUAAGCAAGAAUCAGGCGAAGAAGGAAAAGGAGAGGCUGAUUAAAGAGCUGCAGCUCAUUACCGAGGAGAGAAAUGACCUGAGAGAUCGCCUGAGGUUUCUGACAGAGAGAUCCACUAAAAAUAGGCCACACUUCAGGCCAAAUCCAUAUUAUGAAGACCUGGAGAGAAUAGAGGAGGAGGUCAUGUCAAUUCUGCACAACUUAGAGAUGGAGAACACUGAGAUCCAUGAGACCAACCAUAAGCUGAAGAAGGAGAUGACCUUCUCUAGAAACCUGCUCAGCCAGCUCCUGAUGGAGAACACAUGUAGGAAGAAGUUGGUCCCACGGAAGCAGGGGAGCAGGGAGGGACAUCUUGAGUGUGCACUGAACCAGAAAUAUUUGGUUGACUUCAACAAGAAAGAUAAAGACCAGCAACGUCCAGACCCAGCAUCAUCUGGUCUAAGAAAGUGCAAGAGAGCUGGAAUUGGACACACACCAGUAAGAGAGCUUCCUGAAGAAUAAGUUGCUUUCUCAGGAGUCCCUGAUGACAAACAUCCUGAAUGAAAUCACCACUUAAGAGACACCUUGGGGGACCGCCUUUCAUUUCUGUGCUAGAGGAGAAACAGCAAUACAUCUGUGCUUCUACAUGUUCGUUAAGAAUCUGCUUUUAGAAAUAUUUUUGUUAUGAUUUUAAUUGAAAUUUUCUUUUUGUUGUUUCAUAUUUAUAUGUUCCUGUUACUAUUUUUCACUUUCAAAUAUUUUUAAAUAUUUUUAUUCAUUUUAAUCCUUUUGUGUUAUAAAAUGUAUUUGUUAUGAAUAAAAAUUGAAGUCUA